AUGAAUGCUACCCAAGAGAGCGAAAGCGGCGCGUCCAGUUAUUGGAAAGACGAGGUGGAGGCUCGCCAGACAUCUGUUUAUUCCAGAUGGAAAGCAUUUGCAUCCAGGACAACUCUUCAUGGGAUAAGCUACAUCUUUGAUAGUAGUCUUCCCAUACUUAGAAGGGUUAUUUGGCUGAUAUUUCUCUGUGCCUCUUCUUCAGCCUUCCUGUAUCUUGUGACCAUAAGCAUAGGCAAAUUCAUUUCUCUGCCAAUGAAAACAGUGAUUACGCAAGAGGAACCACCUAAUGGCCUUAAAUUCCCCGCUGUGACCAUCUGCAACUUGAACAAGUUUAUGAAAUCCAAGAUAGAUAUGGCUGACGAUGAAAAAAGCUUUAAAAAGCUAGGUUUGAACAUAAGUGGGUGUGAUGAGAUAAGAGAGGUUCGAGGAAAUCUGACUUGCGGGCAAGCACUACUAUGCGCUUACUUUUUGUAUGCUCCCGCACUGGUGAAGGGCUGCGAUGAAACAAUACGCCAAAACGUAAACGACGUGCUCAACGGUUCCUCCAACCGUCUGUUUAGCGAAGAAAAAUUUCUCACCAGUUAUGGUCACGACAUGGCUGGCAUGUACAUGGAUUAUUGCCGUUACACGUCGCAACUCUCGUGCUCCGAUAAAGACUUUGUACCAACCAUUACACCGGACGGUUUGUGCUUUACUUUCAACUCUGGUUACAAUAACACUCCAGUGCUGAAUUCUUUUUUUGAAGGUCCCGAACUAGGAUUGAACAUUCUAUUAAAUGUUCAAACGAAUGAAAGCACCCUCACUGAUUUUUCAAGCGGACUGAAAGUAAUAGUUCACGACCAGGACACCUACGUUAACCGCCGCAGUGGAUUUAACAUCGCUCCGGGCACACAUUCUUCGGUUGCAGUGAGAUUAAGAAAGCACAUUCGACUUCCAGCACCAUACAAAACAAAAUGCCGACAAGAUAGACUCCCAGGGUUGGGUUCCUACACGAAGGACGGCUGCAUCUUUCAAUGCCUCGCAAAUUACACCCUGGCUCAAUGUGGAUGCCGCCGACUCGGAUUGAUAGAACCAAAGACGACACCCCUGUGUUCUCUCCAGGAUGACCAAUGUCUUAAAAAAUCUAGAGGGGAUUGGAAUAGGUCAAAAUGUCACUGCAGCAAUGCAUGCUCAGAGGUGGAAUACGUACCCCUUGUUUCUUACUCCAACUUUCCUGAUGUCUCAGCAAUUGCAGUUUUACAACAAUUCAAGGGGAAAUCAGAGACUUCUAGUUACAUGAGAGAAAACUAUGUCCUUCUCCAAAUCGGCUUCACGCGUUUAGCUUACGAGAGGCUUGAGGAUAUCUCUAGCUAUGGAACAGAAAGUCUGUUUGGGGAGUUUGGAGGCAAUAUGGGCUUGUUCCUUGGUUGCAGCUUACUGACGUUGUGUGAGUUCCUGGACUUUUUUUGGGAAACAUUCAUAUUCCAGAUGAGAAAGCGUUCUCCUCAAAUAAAUGCGGACAUGAAAGACACAAGUGACCCUCAGUAAAACAUAGCCUUGUGACCAUCAUAAC